AUUUGUGGUCAAUUGGACAUUAUCAAGCACCGUUUAUAUCAAAUUAAUAAAUUGAAUAUGGAAAAAGACGAUAUUGAUUCGUCAAGUCAAUUUCUUAUUCUCAAGGAAUGUAUGAAUCAUCAUUCUUACGUCUAUUUAUAUCAACGGCCAGUAUGAAUUCGAUGAAAUUUUGGUCGUCCGUUGCAUCUACCAAUAGUCUUCUAUUUGAAAUAUUUCUCUACUGUUGGUUUGGUCAAAAAAUGAUAGGAAAGAGUGCAGAAAUCGCAGAUGUGGCCUAUAAAAUAAAUUGGACAAGUUUAUCGAUAAAAUCGAAAAAAUUUUUAAUUCUCAUAAUAUUACGUGCUGCUAAGCCAAUAGAAUUAAGUGGUUUGUCAAUUGUUACAAUGUCACUGGAAACGUUUCUCAAGAUUUUAAAAGUGUCUUAUUCAAGUUUCAAUCUCAUUCAAACCAUGUGA